AUACAAAAGUGAAUUUCAACCAAUUGAAGUAUUUGUUAGUUUCUUAAUUUAUAUAGUGUAAACCAAACAAGAUUAAACAAAUUAUGGUAACGCGUGCUUUUGUUACUGGAGCAUUGUAGUUUUACGCGCUUCUAAAAUAAGAACUGUGGGCAGGAAAAGAACCACUCGUUAUAUGUAAUAUAAUAUCUCUAUCUUUGCUUGAUAAGAGGCACAGGAAAUGAAGAAGACUGAAUCACAUUUAAAGCUGUUAUUAAGUAAAUUCUGGUAAAGAAUAAGUAUAAUACAAUUAAGUAUUAAAUGCACACAUUUUUAUGUAAUGUAAUUGUAUAAUAAUGAAUGAACCACGAAAAAAGAUUUUUUGGUUUGCGAUACUUAGUAGAAUAACAGUUUUAGUUUUACAAUUUAUAUUUAAUUUUGUAUGCCCUGAUCAUCAUGCAGAUGCAUUUAGAAGUCCUGUCGAUAAUCGCGAAAAGAUUUCAUUAUAUGAUAAUAUAGUUACAUUUUUCUUUGGUGGUCUUACACGCUGGGAUGGUGAAUACUUUAUACAUAUUGCCAAAUAUGGUUAUACAUAUGAAAAUACUUUGGCAUUCUAUCCAUUAUAUCCCAUAUUAAUUCGAAUUACUGCUACUUUUAUAAGAAAAGUAUUCUUUAUGUUAAAUACUCACAGCUCUAUAAUUAUAGCAGCCAUAUUAAUUAAUACUACAUGUUUUGUAAAAUCUGCUAUUAUAUUUUAUGAUUUAAGUACGAUAGUAUUGAAAAAGAAAAAUCUAGCUUAUAAAGCAGCAAUACUUUAUUGCAUAAAUCCAGCUACUAUAUUUUUUUCUGCUAUUUAUUCAGAAUCUUUGUUUACUUAUUUAACAUAUUACAGUAUGUUAAGAUCUAUUAAAUAUGAUCUAUAUGUAUCUUUUCCAAUAGGUUUAUCUAUUCUUACAAGAUCAAAUGGUAUAGUCAACAUUGGUUUUCCUAUAUAUUUUGGAUUAAAAGAAUUAUGCCAUAGUUUUUCAACAAAGUAUAAUAAUUUUUCAUUGAAAGCAUUAGGUCAAUUUUUGUUUAGAAAAACUACUUUAAAAAGUAUUUUGUUAAUGUGUAAUACGUUAAUUAUAUCAAUAGCUCCUUUUAUGUUGUUACACAUAUAUAAUUACAUUACAUUUUGUAUUCCUCGUUCUAAUCAAAUAUUUAUUCCAAAACAUAUUAAUAGUCACAGUAGAAUUAAUAAUUUAGUAUUGCCAGGUAGUAAUAACAUAGAAUGGUGUCAUGCUAAGAUUCCAAUUGCAUACUCAUAUAUACAAACGAAAUACUGGAAUGUAGGCUUUCUCAAUUACUAUGAACUAAAACAGAUACCAAAUUUUAUUCUAGCAUUUCCAAUAUUGGUUAUUAUGAUUACAUGUAUAAAAGAAUAUUUUCUUGAGCACAGAAAAUAUUUUUAUACAUUGGGGUUCGUUAAAAGUACUGAGAAUAAAGAGCUUGUUACCACAAAUAAAUAUCCAUCAGAAAUGUUAGUGUUCAUUCUUCAUGGUUUAUUUUUGACUGUAUUUUGUAUUCUUUUCGUACAUAUUCAAGUAAGCACACGUUUAAUAAGCUCAGCAAGUCCAUUGAUAUAUUGGUAUUGUGCUUUAACCAUGUCUAACACACAUAACAAUAACAUGAUGAAUGAAAAUGGAGAAACUAUGUUUACUAAAUGGAGAUUAUUUUUUCUAAUUCCAAAGAGAUAUGUUUUGAAGGAUAAGCUUAUAUUAUCAUACUUUCUAGGAUAUGUAUUUAUAGGUUGUUUUAUGUUUCCAAACUUUUUACCUUGGACGUAA